AUGGCACAACUUACUGGCCCUGCCAAGCUUGAUGCAGUCCGGAAACUGUUCGAUCUUCUGGCCAAAGACCUUACAUCCGGCUCCCUCCAGCCUCGAGAACGCGAUGCCGCUCUUGAGGAGCUAAAGCUGUACGGCCGGGACCCCAACUAUGCAGACCCCAUCUUCACAAAGGAGGGUAUCGAGAUCCUCGCCAAGUUUGCUUUCGAUAGCUCCUCAGACACCACAUGCCGCAAUGCUCUCAAGGUUCUUUGCAAUACUCUAUUCAUCAAAGAACAAACCCGGCAGAUCCUCGUGGAUUUAGGGUACGAACCCAAGGCAUGCGACAGACUCAAGAACGACAGCCGGGAUGACGAGUUCCUAAUCUCCAGAGUGAUCCUCCUCUCCACCUACGGCACGAACCUCGGCCUUCCAAAACUGAUUGAGCAGCAUCAGUUGGCCGACUCCAUGGUAGCGCAUUUGUCGAGGCAUGCCAGCCGACUCUCUGCGCAGCCAUCCGUGACGGGCCCAGUGAACCCUAUGGAGGGGAUGGCUCUGGAUGAAACACUCAAGCUUCUCUUUAACGUCACCAAUUUCGCCAAGGAACACAUCAACUCCUUCGACGGGGCACUGCCACACGUCGCCUCUAUCCUCUCCGCCCUCCCCCUGCCCCAGGCCAAAGCACCACUUGAUCCCCCGUUCAGCCUCCUCAUUGCCCCCCUCCUCAACCUCGACCUCACCACCCCAACCGCCCAGGCCUCCCUCUACCCACCAGCAGAGCCCUCCCGCAUCGCGAGCCGUCUCCUCCAACUCCUCGAUCUGUCCAUGAAGAGCUACAACGACACCCAAAUCGAGGCCACCGUGACCCCGCUCCUCUGCGCGCUCUCCGUCCUCUACGAGCACGCCCCUACCGAAACCGACACCACCACCACCCCCCGCUCCACCAUCCGCACCACCCUCCUCCCCCGGGAAGAGGACCGCAAGACGGUGCUGGGCCGCGCCGACACGCUGGCGUCGCGGCUGCUGCGCAACUGGACCAACCCGCUGGCGCCGCAGUUCCGCAGCGCCGUGGCCCACUUCUACUUCGACCUGUCCGGCAAGGACGCCGUGCGCUUCAUCGAGAACGUCGGCUACGGCUACGCUUCGGGCUUCCUGUUUGAGAAUAAUAUCAGUAUCCCCGAGGGGGCGAUGCAGGGGCAGGGGCAGGUGCAGGGGGGUGGGGAGGGUGAUGAUGAUGAGGCUGGUGAGGGUGAGAGUGCCGCGGGGAGGCGGGCGGUGAACCCGAUUACGGGGCAGUUUUUGGAUGAGGAGCGGUUCCCUGACCUGCCGGAGAUGACGAUGGAGGAGAAGGAGAGGGAGGCGGAGAGGCUGUUUGUGCUGUUUGAGCGGCUGAGGCAGACGGGGGUGGUGUCGGUGGAGAACCCAGCCACGCCAGUGCGGAAGCGAGGCCGUCCUGCCCGUGCUGCGGGUACUUCUGCCAGCGCGCGGCUUGCCGCUAAGGCCGCUAGCAAGCCGACUCGCGGUCGACCCAAGAGCACUACUACCGCGGCAAAGCCCGCUAAGAAGGCCGGACGCCCCAAGAAGGAUGCCACCGACGAGGAGGCGCCCGCGGGAGAAUACGAGGUCGAGAGCAUCGCCGAUUCGGCCAUCGACGCCGACACCAUGGAGCACAUGUAUUUCGUCAAAUGGAAGAAUUACCCCGCGAGCGAGAACACGUGGGAACCCAAGAAGAACCUCAAGGGUUCUCUUGACCUCGUCCGCAAGUUUGACGCCGCCAAGAAGAAGGCCGAAGCGGCCGAGGCUGCGAAGAAGGCGACCGCUAAGAAAGCGACCGCUCCCGCUUCCGGCGAGAGGAAGACAAGGGGAGCAGCGAAGCCGAAGGCGGUAAAGGAGGUCAAGGCAGCCAAGAAAGCCCCUGGGCGGCCAGGACGGCCGAGGAGAACGCGGUCUUGA